AAGACGCUUUGUAUUCCCCAACAAUGAAUGGAGGCGGGUGGAGUUUGUCAUCCGUGGUAUAUGGAAUAGCAUAAUACUGGAGGGAAACUUUGGAAAAUAUAAGUUAUGUUACGGAAACUACGCACGUGUGGAUUUCUAACUCGUUUGUACUGUUGGGAGUAUGCAACCUUUAAACUGACUUCAUGAAGCUUUUAAACGUGUUUUACACUUCAGUGUUGGCACUAAAAAGAUACCACUCCAUAGUGACAUUCGGUUCCAACGCUCUGCAUCUGAAAAAACGGCCACAUUCAGGAUGAGGAUGCCGGGACAGGCUGAAGGGGCGCGGAGGCGUCUGGAUUUGACCUCUCCUCAUGAAGUCAGACGGGUUGAGGUUGUUCGAGGACGUGUAGGAUACGGGUUUACCUUAUCGGGACAAGGCCCGUGCCUCUUGAGUGGAAUAUUGGAGGGCAGCCCUGCAGACCAUGUGGGACUGAAGCAGGGGGAUCGUAUAGUGAGCGUCAACGGAACUGAUGUGGCAAAGGCAUCCCAUGAGGUUGUGGUGCAGUUGAUUGGCACCUGUAAAGGCCCCUUACUUUUGGUGGUGCUUGUCGGGAGUGGGCCCUUGGUGGACCUAUCCUCCAGCGACGAGGAGUUAAGGAUUUCUAGAAUAGAGGGAAAGGAGCUUUUUCAGAAGGGGGGAGUUUUUCGCACUGUUUCGGCCCAUUCUGGCAACUCGUCAUCUAACUCCGUAAAUGCCAACCCAGCUAAUCCAAGACCUGUGUCAGAACCUGACAUGUCCCACUGGAACCAGCCUUUGAACUCCAAAACUCAGCCUGUCUUCCUUUCUGCGGAGGAAACCGCCCGAGUGGCAGACGGCGACUCUGUUUUCAACGAGCAGGAGGAUGAUGUGAAUCGAGACUGGAGUAUUCUGAACACAGCCAUGGUGGUGGGCUACCUGGGCUCUACUGAACUGAUCUUGGCCUUGUCCAGACACGGCUCAGAGGACGACUGCCUACAGGUGAUCCGCGGGUGUAUCAGACAUAUGGGCACAGAGCAGGAGACCCACACGCUGGUGAUGAUGAAGAUCAUGUUCGACUGCGUCCGCCUCUGUGAUGACACAGGAGCCGUCCUGGCCGCCUUCCCUGCCGAGAACCUUGUCCUGGGCGUGGUGUGUUCCGAGGACAGGCGCUUUUUUUGUCUGGUCACCACUGCACACAUCUCUGGCGGCCACGUUGGCCAGAACGGUCCCCUGAGUACCUCAUGCCACGUCUUCUUCAUCGACCCUGAGCUGUGCCACCACAGUGACCACCUGGGCAUCACAGGGCGCUUCGGCAUCGACUGCACCCCCGACCCAGACACCCAGGGCUGCCUGGAGUUCCCCCUCACUCCCCCCUCCGUUCUCCAGUUUGUAUCUGUCUUAUACUGUGAAAUGGGGGAGGCAGUGGAGAGGCUUAGAACCAGGCUGGACAGAGACUCAGCCCACCACCUCCACACGCAACAGAAUCGCAGCAGCACCGGUAAGAAUGGCAGCGCCAGCAGCAACGGAGACAGCGGGAUCGGAAACACCUCCCCCCCUGAGGAAAGAGCGGACAGGGAUUUCCCCAUCGCCCGCGGAAACGACCCUGGGGGCCAGCUCCCCAGCUGUCCAUGGGAGGAUUACCCCCAGGCUGAAGGAGACCUCACCCAAAUAGUAGCUCAUCAAAAUGGCUGGCUAAAACUAAACGGCCAUCCUAAUCCAGGCAGCACAAAUUCCCUUUCCGAAUCUCUACCUGGCCCGGCGUCAUUAACCGGCCUAUGUGGUGGUCCUCCUCCCAGGUUGGAGUUUCAGUUCAAGCCCCCGCCACCACCGUACCCUCUGGCUAAGAACCAGAAACAGAACCUAACAGGAGGAGGCUCCUUCAGAAGCAGUCAGCGCUGGUUCUCUAUGAGUGUUAAGCAGAGGUGGCCUAAAGGCCGAUGUGGAGAGCCCGAGUCCCAGGCAACACCGGCCACUAACAGCUGGUCAGGACCAGCCACGGUGGGUAGCACCAACGCUCUGCCACCCCCCAUGAGCCAGAUCCCACCAGACAGGUACCUGGCAGCAGAGACCAUGAUGCUGCCCCAGAGGGAGGAGUGGGCCAAACGACUCUGGAGAGUAGAAUCUGGAGAGCUGCUGAAUGGAAAUCCCAGGAAAGAUGCCAAUACCAAGGGCUCCAAGUUCUGGGGCAUUGGCGCCGGACGCUCCUCUGGCCGUCGCUCCUUUGGACACUCCAAGAGGCUCAGCCUGGCACGAUCACUGGACGACCUGGAGUCGGCUGCUUCCUCAGAAGGUGACCAUGGUGGUGGUGUGCAGCUCCAGGGCUGCUGCAGCCAGAGCAGUCUGAACAGCAAUGGCAGUCUGCCCGGCGCCGGCAGCCACAGGAGGCUGUCAGAGCGCCGGGUGGCCAGCUGGGCCGCCUGCUUCGAGCGCCUGCUCCAGGACCCCAUUGGCGUCCGCUACUUCUCAGAAUUCCUCAAGAAGGAAUUCAGUGAGGAGAAUAUCUUGUUCUGGCAGGGCUGCGAAUACUUCAGUCAUAUACCUGUAACGGACAAAAAGCAGCUAUCCCAGAGGGCAGGGGAGAUCUACAACAGCUUCCUGUCCAGUAAAGCCACCACGCCGGUCAACAUCGACAGUCAGGCCCAACUGGCCGACGACGUCCUCACCUCCCCAUGUCCAAACAUGUUCAAGGCUCAGCAGUUACAAAUCUUCAACCUGAUGAAGUUUGACAGCUACUCCAGGUUCCUCAAGUCUGGCCUGUAUCAGGAGUGCAUGCUGGCCGAGGUGGAGGGACGACCUUUACCUGACCCCUACCAGAUCCCUUGUAGCCCCGCCCCCUCCAAGCACAGCGCCAGCUCCUCCCUCUCCCUCUCCACGCCCAUUAAGGAGGCAAGGAAGCAGAGGUCAGGAAGGUCACUUAAUGAGGACCCCGGAGACGAGCAUGAUGAGCAUAAGAAACGGGGCACCUUCUUUUCUUGGUCCCGGAACCGGAGCUUCGGAAAGGGACCCAAGAAAAAGGACAUUGGAGAAAUCAACCUCGAUUCCUGGAGCAGCAACGGUCGGAGGGAAUCACAGGGCUCCUUGUCCUCAGGUGCCAGUCUGGAGCUGGCCACUUCCUGUUCAGCGGGCAAGAUCGAGGGGGACAAUCGUCACUCAGUGCCGGUGUGGGACAGGGUGUCCUCCGCCAAGCACUGCAAUGUGACCUUGCCGGAUGGCUCGUGCUCCUCUGUGACACUGCGGCCGGGAGCCACCAUCAGGGAGGUGCUACGGGUCCUCUGUCAGAAACUCUGCAUCAAUAUGGUUGCUGUCGACCUCUUCCUGGUGGGAGGAGAGAAGCCUUUAGUGCUGGACCAAGAUUGCAUGACCCUCAGCUCACGGGAACUCAGGAUGGAAAAGCGCACCCUUUUCAGGCUGGAUCUGGUACCCAUUAACCGGUCCGUAGGCUUGAAGGCCAAACCCACCAAACCCGUCACCGAGGUCCUGCGCCCUGUCGUGGCGAAGUAUGGCCUCCACCUCAACGAUCUGGUGGCCAAAAUAAGUGGAGAAACAGAGCCUUUAGACCUAGGGGCGCCAAUAUCCAGCCUCGACGGCCUGCGCAUAGUGCUGGAAAGAGCAGAUCCCUCUGCUUCAGGGAAAGAUUCCAAGUCCAAGUCAGCCUCCUUGAAAGCCCAUCUGCCAUCUUUGACCAGCAGGAGUCUUUCAGCAACAGGAGAUGACAGGUCAUCAGGAAAGGCAAGCGGACAAGACCCGUCGCUCCCUACGGAAAAGAGAAAACCGAAAAAGAUUAAUAUAGAUGAAGCUGAAGAAUUCUUCGAGCUCCUGAGCCGGGCACAGAGCAGCCGGAGAAAUGCCCAGAGAGGCCUCCUGAACAAAGAGGACCUGGAGUUACCUGACUUCCUGCGGUUAACCACCUGCUCCCCCUCCACUGCCUCCCUAGACGCGACUUGCUCCACCCCUACCUCCAUCAAACAGGGCCAGGGGGCAGGCAGGGUGAACGGGGUGGGCGGCACCCCCGCCCGCGGUCCCCUCAACGCCAGCCUGCGCUCCGAGAGCCUGGACUCCUCCCUCAGCAGCGCCAAUGGACACUCCCACUCCGCUGCGGGGCGCAGGGCACUGCCCCCAGCCCGCCACCCCAUACCCACCUUCGGCGCCACCCUCUCCCCCAUCCCCCGCCUCUUGGAGGCUAGAGGCCCGGGCCUAAGAACGCUGGAGGAAGACACCCAUGCUGACCUGACCCUGGUGGGAGAGGGGGACAUCAACAGCCCCAACAGCACCCUUCUGCCCCCCUCGCCGGUGCCGCUGUCCUACGAGGGCAGCCUGUCCGAGGCUAACUUCACCCCUCCUGCGCCCUGCGCCCAAACCUCCCAGGAUGGAUGUGGGAAUGGCCAGUCCAGCUCAGAAUGUUCUUGCUUGCACGACAGCCAGUACGCAUCUGUAUGCACGACAGCCAGUAUGCAUCUGUCUGCAUGGAGGAACGCGGCAUGCACACAAUUAGUGACAGUACAUCUGAAAGAGAGAAGAAAAAGAGCAUGUGCUCUUGACCGCUCCCACAAGAGGGCGCCAUAUCUUGGAGCACUCCGCUCUCAGCCUGCCCUACAGGAGGUGAUGGAUGUGGAGGGAGUGUGUCUAGAGGAGGGGGAGGAGGAGGGGGAGGAGAGAGAUAAGGUGGGGGAGGUCACCAUCAUCCGGGGAGAAGACUCCGAGCUCAGCCUCAGUUUCCAAGGGUAUGCCACUGAGCUCCGGCAGUGCCAAAGCCGGAUGAAGACCUCCCAGGUGCCCCUCAACGCCCCCGACCAAUCAGAGGGGAUCCAAGACUCCAACACUGACAUGUACAAGGCCACAAUCGUGUGAGUUCUGAGGCUGAGCAACCUUCACCAGCACUUUCCAAGCUUGAGUCACUGUCUGUUCAAACAGGAACUUACUUGACAAACGAGGGACUUUAACCGCAAAAAGCUAUUGAUUUUCACUCCAGAACUGAUAGAAUGUAUAAUAAUUGUUUUGGUGAUAUAUAUUGUAUUAUUUAACAUUACUCUGGUGUGUGUUUAGUGGGUAUACAUGAAAAGAAAAUGAAUUGCCAGUUCAGAUUGAUGAACAAUUUGGUAAUAACCUACUGUUUGGGAAUUUAUCAAAGGAUAGGCGACCUUGUUUAAAACAUGGUUGUUGAUACUGCAGGUACUGCAAGGCAGGGGAUAUGGAACUUAACCUCUUUCAGCUGGAUGAGAAGAUAGGAUUCACAAAUUGUAGGAACACGAGAAACUCCUCGCAACUCUAGUACAUUUUACUGUAUUAUUCUAGUCGGCAGGUAGCCUAGUGGUUAGAGCGCUGGGCCAGUAACCGAAAGGUUGCUCGAUUGAAUCCCCGCGCUGACAAGGUAAACAUCUGUCGUUCUGCCCCUGAACAAGGCAGUUAACCCAGUGUUC